UUAGGAGCUGCCUAAAGAAUUCCUGUUGAAGUUUACAUGAAAACCACCCAUCUGUAGCAGCACUUCUAGAAUUGACUCUAAUAAGAAGACCAUGAUUAAUUUUUCAGAGACACACAAAAGGAGUAUACUCUAAAAUAUGUCUUGAAGACUAUGAGGCUUCUCCGGCUCUUGUUGUCAGACAGAAAACACGCACGUUCAUAAUGUUCCUGUUAUGUCCUCCAGCGUUAUUUACAUUGAAAAUUCAAAAGGAGUUGUGUUGCAUCACAAAAUGGCCAACCGCGGCGUACUGCGGAGAGCAUUAGCAUCCAGGAGCUGCGUGCUUGCUCUUUGUCCCCUACAAGAGGAGGUGAAGCAGCCUGCUGAGGGGAGUGGAAAUAAGUGCUUUGCCUAGUUUGGGAAAUGGUGACGUUAAAGAAAUGCCUUGUUUCUUCAUCCUAAAUCUUCCAAGUGGUCAUCACCUGGCCACUGUGCGGCUUUGGGCUGUAAUGUGGAGAGGAAGGAUUGCCGGGCUGGAAGAUCAUGGGUUCAGAGCACAGGGAUCUUCGUUAUCUUCAAGCCAGACUUCAUUAAUGAAGCUUUGUGGCAGCCUUCAGAGAGAUCCAGGUACUUUCAAGGGCUUCUCAAAGGGUGCGAGAAUCAGACUUCUGAAGAAGGACCACAAGAAGAUUACUGUUUGCCCCAAGUCUUUCAAGAUCAAUUAAUUUUACAUCUACUUCAGAACUGAAGUUCCUCACUCUUGGCUCUGAACCUUGAAUCUGCAUACUCAUUACACAGAAACAAACAAGUGGAAAACACAGCUGUUAAAAAAAAAAUCUGAUAUACAAGGUAAGCAAGUGCUGGCAGAAGCAAAGGGCAAUUUCCGUGUCUGAACUGUGUGUUCCGUAGGUGAAGAACAAGGAAACAUUUCCCAUCGUGAAGUUUGCUGCUUCCUCUUAGCUGCUGUCAGUCACCUUUAUCUUCUGCAGCUCGGAGCCUCAUUCAGCAGCCGCUGCCCGUGGAGUGUAAUAGGCUGAAGAUGCUGCCGCGCCUGCCCGGCGUCGACUUGUGAAUGGGACUCGGCUCCGCGCCCUCCUCCGGCGGCGGCCGCGGGAAGCAGCCCGCCCGGCCGGGCUCCAGCCAGAGCUGAAAUUCUGGAUAAGUGGCAGCAGAAAACUUACAUCUGUGUUGUCAUCGCGGUCUCAUUAAGUGGCGUUUCAAAUGUGUGGAAUAUGCUACCUAAGUUGGCAACAAGUUUCCAGUGGGUGAAGGAAUUAAGCUGGGAAGCUGCAGAGCAUUAAAGUGAUGCAUUUCAUGUGUGGUGGCAUCUUAUGUGCAGAACAUUUUAUCUGAAAUUUUUCGGUAGCCCCACAUUUUUUGACUUCCAAGGUGGAAGGAGUAGAUUCCUGGAUACUCCUGUGCCUACAGAAUAACCAAAAAUGAAGGAGGACAAUUGUUUACAUGCCGCGCUUAUCUGCAUGGGCAUGCUGUAUUACAGCCAUGCCAUCACUACAGAAAAACUGAACCACGGAAGGCCAUCACUUCAUGGUCACCACGAAAAGGGGAAAGAAGGACAAGUUCUGCAUCGUUCAAAAAGAGGCUGGGUGUGGAAUCAGUUCUUUGUUAUAGAAGAGUAUACAGGACCAGAUCCUGUGCUAGUGGGAAGGCUUCAUUCAGAUAUCGAUUCUGGAGAUGGAAACAUUAAAUACAUUCUCUCAGGUGAAGGAGCAGGAAUCAUUUUUGUUAUUGAUGACAAAUCAGGGAACAUCCAUGCAACAAAGACACUGGACCGCGAAGAGAGAGCUCAGUACACUCUCACGGCACAAGCCGUAGACAGGAACACAAACAGACCUUUGGAACCGCCCUCUGAAUUCAUUGUUAAAGUUCAAGAUAUAAAUGACAACCCACCAGAGUUUCUUCAUGAAAACUACCAUGCCAAUGUGCCGGAGAGAUCAAAUGUAGGUACAUCAGUUAUUCAGGUAACAGCUUCAGAUGCUGAUGAUCCUACCUAUGGGAACAGCGCCAAGUUGGUUUACAGUAUUCUUGAAGGUCAGCCGUACUUCUCGGUGGAAGCUCAAACAGGCAUUAUAAGAACUGCCCUUCCGAAUAUGGACAGAGAAGCCAAGGAAGAAUAUCAUGUUGUGAUACAGGCAAAAGAUAUGGGAGGACACAUGGGAGGCCUCUCAGGGACAACCAAAGUGACAAUUACACUUACAGAUGUCAAUGACAAUCCGCCAAAGUUCCCACAGAGUGUAUACCAGAUGUCAGUGUCAGAAGCAGCUGUUCCAGGAGAGGAAGUUGGAAGAGUGAAGGCCAAAGAUCCAGACAUUGGAGAAAAUGGCUUAGUAGCUUACAGCAUCAUUGAUGGAGAUGGAGUGGAUAUGUUUGAAAUUACAACAGAUUAUGAGACUCAGGAAGGUGUUGUAAAGCUUAAGAAGCUCUUAGAUUUUGAAACCAAAAAGUCCUACAGUCUGAAGGUAGAGGCAGCCAAUGUACAUAUUGAUCCUAAGUUCAUCAGCAAUGGACCGUUCAAGGACACAGUGACAGUGAAGAUAACUGUGGAAGAUGCUGAUGAGCCACCCAUAUUUUUAAAACCAAGUUAUAUUUUUGAAGUACAAGAAAAUGCAGCAUCUGGUACUGUCGUUGGAAAAGUACAUGCCAAAGACCCUGAUGCUGCAAACAGUGCUAUAAGAUACUCAAUUGAUCGUCACACUGACCUUGAAAGAUAUUUUACUAUUAAUGCAGAAGAUGGCAACAUCAAGACAGUAAAAGCUUUGGAUAGGGAAGAAAUUGCAUGGCAUAAUAUCUCUAUCUUUGCAGUUGAAGUCCACAAACAACAUCAGGAAGCCAAAGUUCCAGUGGCAAUUAAGGUCAUCGAUGUCAAUGACAACGCUCCAAAAUUUGCAGCAGCCUACGAAGCGUUUGUGUGUGAGAACGCUCGAAGCAAUCAGCAAUUUAUUACAAUUACUGCUGAUGACAAGGAUGACUCGGCCAAUGGACCAAGAUUUAUCUUCAGUUUACCACCUGAAAUUAUUCAUAAUCCAAAUUUUACACUCAGAGACAACAGAGAUAACACAGCAAGCGUUUUUGUUAGACGUGAAGGAUUUAGUCGCCAAAAGCAAGAUUUAUACCUUCUUCCUAUUGUAAUAAGUGAUGGUGGACUCCCACCCAUGAGCAGCACCAACACCCUCACCAUUCGAGUCUGCGGCUGUGACAGCAAUGGUUCCUUGCUCUCCUGUAAUGCCGAAGCCUACAUCCUCAAUGCGGGAUUAAGCACUGGAGCUUUAAUUGCCAUUCUUGCUUGCAUUGUGAUUUUAUUAGUCAUUGUCGUGUUGUUUGUAACACUGAAAAGGCAGAAAAAAGAACCCCUGAUCGUGUUUGAAGAAGAAGAUGUCAGAGAGAAUAUCAUUACUUAUGAUGAUGAAGGUGGAGGAGAGGAAGAUACCGAAGCUUUUGACAUAGCUACUUUGCAGAACCCUGAUGGCAUCAAUGGAUUUAUUCCUCGUAAAGACAUAAAGCCUGAGUAUCAGUAUAUGCCAAGACCAGGGCUUCGGCCAGCUCCCAAUAGCGUUGAUGUUGAUGAUUUCAUCAACACAAGAAUACAGGAGGCCGACAACGACCCAACUGCUCCUCCCUAUGACUCUAUUCAGAUCUACGGCUAUGAAGGCAGAGGCUCAGUGGCUGGUUCACUUAGCUCCUUAGAGUCAGCAACAACAGAUUCUGAUUUGGACUACGACUAUCUACAAAAUUGGGGACCUCGAUUUAAGAAACUUGCAGACUUGUAUGGCUCCAAAGACACUUUCGAUGAUGAUUCUUAACAAUAAAGUUUCAGAUUUGGCCUUAAGAACUGUGUCUGAUGUUCUGAAGAAUCCAGAAGAAAUGUAAGCAGGUAUUUUUUUAAAAAUCAAGAGAAGUCUCAUUUAAAGUUUGACAGAGAGGAUUCCAUUGAUAAAGAAGGAUAUAAAAGUGGUAAAUACUGUGAAGUACCUUUUCCUACAAAAGGCAAAUGCAGAAGUUGGCUAUCAACUUCAUGAGAGGAAAAACCCACUUAUGAAAUACAAAAUAUUUAAAUGAAGGAAAAUGCUAAAAGUGAACCUACAAAUAAAGGAAAUCUUUUAUGUAUUAUGAACAUCUAAAUCUUUUAUGUCAAAGAAGCUUCCACAAAUUAGAAAAGAUAACAGUUCUGAGCUGUAAUUUCGCCUUAAACUAUGGACACUCUAUAUGGUAGUGCAUUUUUAAACUUGAAAUAUAUAAUAUUCAGCCAGCUUAAACCCAUAUGAUGUAUGUACAGUACAAUGUACAAUUAUUAUGUCUCUUGAGCAUCAACCUUGUUACUGCUGAUUCUUGUAAAUCUUUUUGCUUAUACUUUCAUCUUGAACUAAUACGUGCCAGAUAUAAAAAAUCUGUCUUGUUGCAGUGGGAGGCGCCCUAUUUCUAUGUCAUUUUUAAUGUAUCUAUUUGUACAAUUUUAAAAUUCUUAUUUUAGUAUACAUACAAAUAUCAGUAUUCUGACAUGUAAGAAAUGUUACAGCAUCACACUUAUAUUUUAUGAACAUUGUACUGUUGCUUUAAUAUGUGCUUCAAUAUAAGAAGCAGACUUUGAAAUAAACUGAUUCUUUUUUAAUUCUUGUUCUGGUUAUUAAGCAUAUAAGGAAAAACAUAGUGUUUCUAAUGUCCCAUUUAUAGUUCUGACUAAUUUACUACAGUUGUGACCUUUUAAUAGCCUUAUUUAUUAUGUGUUUGUAGUUGGUUUGUUGCCUUGUUAAGUGAUUAUUUAAAAAUCAAGUACAUUUUACAAAUGUUUUUUAGAUUAAAAAAAAAAUGUAAUGUCUGGUGAACAUUUUGUACCCUCUCUAUCUACAGCUUGUGGCUGCUCCCAGAACACAGUAAUAGUCUUCAUAUAAUAAUAUUGUGUUCUGGAUUAAAUUAAGUGUAAUUCUUUUAAAUAUUUCCCAUGUAAUAUGCAUUUAUCUUAUAUCUUAGGAAUUCCAGAGACUUCAGUAAUGACUUUAUGAAUGGACAGGAGUACACUGUACUUACUUACAAUUUACUCCAGGCUUUUGAAUUUCAGUAUCUGUGCUAAGCUUCUGCAGGUUUUAAAGACUUAAAUCUGACCCAAUUUAGCUCUAAGUUCCCUAAAGGCUGUUCUACCUGACAAUUACUUUACCUGAGUAUUAAUUAAGAUUCUGGCACUUACAUUUUUUCUUUUUCUUUUUCAUUCUUUUUUUUUCUUUUUUCAUUUACUACAGUAGAAUAGCAUCGUCUACUGCUAGGAAGACAUUUUAAUUUGUAAUGACAGAAAUACAGAGUGCUUUCAGAAUUGUUCUUUGUAAUGUAUGUUUUUAAUCGAAAAAAUGAUCUGUAACUUUUUUAUAUUAGUUCAGAAUGAGCAAGGGAUUGGAAUAGGUUCCACACAUCAACAUUUUCAGCAUCUGUGUACAGCUGUAGUUCUGCUAAAUUUAAUAUAGUUUGCUGUUUAGGGUCAGAGAUCAGCAGCUGCAAUAUGGGAAGAGGCAAUAAAUAGAAAUGAUAUACAUUUUUCUACCAUUCAUUUUACGGAUGCUGUCCUUCGUUUGCAGUCAGGUACCAAACUGCUUGAUCUGAAAGGAAAUCUGAUUUGUUGAUGUAUUGCUUUUCUGAAGACCCCCAUAUAUGUAGUUAGAUUAAAAUUUAACUCAUUAAAAUUAGGAAUGAUGUUUCAGCUUUAUAUUCGUAACAUAUUACUUGUCCCAUUAUAUUCCUAUGUUUUUAUAAUGCAGAGUUUGCUAAAUCAGCAGAUUUGCUCUACAAUGUUUAUUGUAAUAUUUCACUUUAUUAUAACUGUAUGCAUUCUAUAUAAUUCUAUAGUUUAUUACUUAAUUCAGUUCAAAUUUCUUUGGUUGAUGAUUUUUCUCUGUUUAUAAUCCAAAGAAUUUUUUGCUAGAUUUGCACAUUUCUCCAUCAUAAAUUUAAAUAAAUAUAAAAAAUGAGUAUCAAUUUACAAAUUAACAAAUGGAAAUAAAGUUAAAAAAGAAAAAAACAUUUGUAGGACUCCAUCCUCGUUGAUGCUAUCUGGUUUUAUUUCACUAUGGAGCAAGUUUUAGAAUUAACAAUUGCUUUUUCUACAUUUUUAUGUUUAGUUUUUAAGAAGGACAUUGUCAACUACAUUUUUUUUAAUAGUUUUAAAUGCUUUGAGUUUUAGUCU